AUGGCAAAGGUGCUACUUGCUAUAAACUCCGGAUCAAGUUCCGUCAAGAUCUCUGUAUUUUCUGCUACCUUCCGGAAGACACCACAGCAGAUCGCCGAAGCGCAGGUCAGCGGACUGACAGCCGGGCCCGUUGCUGUCUUCUAUACAUGUCAUAACAAAACCAAGAAGAAGGCAGAAAAGGCGUGGCAGCCCGUCGAGCAACAGGAUGACGCCUUUGAACUUCUGCUCGGUCUUUUCAUCGACGAUCCGAACCUACAAGAGAUCAAGAGCAAGGCCGACAUUGCCAUCACCUGUCACCGAAUCGUCCAUGGCGGAGACUAUGCAUCUUCACAGCUCAUCGGCCCCGUGACGUACGACAAUAUCGAGGCUCUCAGUAAUCUAGCACCGCUCCACAACCGUGCUGCCUUGACCAUCGUCAGGUCUUGUUUGGAUCAGCUGCCAGACGCCGCCAACAUUGCUUAUUUCGAUUCCCAGUUCCACUCGACCAUUCCAGAGCACAUACGUACCUACCCCGUGAACCCCGACAUUGCCAGGAAGAACGGGCUACGCAAGUAUGGCUUUCACGGCCUUAGCUAUUCCUUCAUCACCCGGUCCGUCGCCGGAUAUCUCGGCAAGGAAAUUGGGGAGCUAAGCAUCAUCGCCCUGCACCUGGGAAGCGGCGCAAGUGCCUGCGCCAUCAAGAAUGGCCAGAGCUGGGAUACCAGCAUGGGACUGACGCCCUUGGCUGGACUUCCUGGCGCCACAAGAAGCGGAAGUGUUGAUCCCAGUCUGGUCUUCCACUACACUAACGACGUGGGAAAGUUAACGCCCUACUCGACUCCGGAAUUGCACAUCUCCCGAGCCGAAGACAUCCUCAAUAAGCAGAGCGGUUGGAAAUCGUUGACGGGAACAACGGACUUUAGGGCCAUUUCGGAAAGCGACGACCCGGCAUGCAAGCUGGCUUUCGACAUCUUUGUUGACCGCAUUUGCGGUUUCGUAGGGAGCUAUUACGUGGCUCUGCGCGGGCAGGUCGAUGCCCUCGUCUUCGCCGGAGGCAUUGGAGAGAAAAGCAGCAAACUUCGAGACCGAGUUGCGCAAAGCGUAUCCUGUUUAGGGUUUGAAAUCGAUGACACUUCGAACGCGGCCGAGAUCACCGACGUUGUCCAGGAUGUGAGCGCCAAAGGAUCUAGACAUGGGGUGCUUGUGUGCCAAACGGACGAACAGUUCGAAAUGGCCAGAUCCUGUGCGGAGGAUGAACGAAUCUGGUAG